AUGGUAUCAUUAGAGCAGCAUCUCAUUAGAGCAAGAUUUCAGUUGUAUUCCUUCAUCACUUGUGAGGUCUCUUCAAGUUCUGCGGUUAUAUUGAUCUCUGGUUUCUAUGAAAUUCGGAGCAAGAAGUUCUCCUACAAAGAUGUAAAGAGGGCAACCGAUGGCUUCCAUAGGAUAGUAUACAGCAAUUCCCAUGGGGCUGCAUAUAAGGCCAGAUUCGAAGGUGGUGAAGUUGCUUUGUUUUCCACAGGGAACAAGAGGCUAUUAGUGUUUGACGAUAUCGAAAAUGGAAGCUUAAAGGAGCAUUUUAACGAUCCUCUCAAGACUCCUUUGAACUGGAAAACAAGACUACAAAUUGCAGUUGGUGUGGCAGCGGCAUUGGAAUACUUGCUUCUAUUCAGUAAUCCACCGGUUUAUCAUGUCUCCAUCAACUCAAGCAAUAUCAUGCUCUACGAGAACUUUACGGCUAUGCUAACCGAUGUUGGCCUUCUUAGUUCCAUUGGAACUUAUGUUCAAAUGCCUCAUUCGUCGUGUUCAGAAGAAUGUAUGGGACAAAAAUGUGGGAACAUAAUCUUUCAGCUUGGAGUUCUGAUAUUGGAGCUAAUAACAGGGCAGUCAUCGGAGCUAAUAACAGGGCAGUCAUCGGAGCAAGGAGGCACUGAUUUGAUCCAAUGGGUCCAAGGGUCGCGUCUCAGCAGUUCGAUCGAUAUGAUGAUCGAUCCGGACCUAGGGAACAAUUAUGAUUCUAAAGAGCUUAAGAAGCUUCUAGUUGUACCAAGAUUAUGUUUAAAAUCUAAGAAUAACCCGGAAUUUCCUGUCCCUCAGGUAUUUCGAUUUCUGCAGAAGAAGGUACAAAUUCCUAGAGAUUAAGUGUUAGUGAUCUUGAGCUUUCUGAUGUACGGAAUUUCAUAUUUAUUCAUUCAUGGAGUUUUGACAAGACUUGUACAUCUCCUGAAACAAUCUUGGUAGAGCGAUGCACCAGAUUGCAAUAGCCAAUAAUGAAGAAUUUGUUCUUUUUUUCA